AUGGGGCAUUGUUGCAGCAAGGUAGUUACGGACAACGACGACGUCGUCGCCACCGCCGGUGGCGGCGCCGUCGCUAACAACCACCAUCGUCCCAAGCCACCUCCUUCUCCGGCUGCUCAUCAGCCGUCCGCCGCGAAUGGGAACACUCCGGCGUAUUCCUUCACCGCUAGUCCAUGGCAGAGCCCCUAUCCGGCGGGAAUCGCUCCCUCGCCGUCGCCGGCCGGCACGCCCAGGAGGAAAUUCAAGUGGCCGUUCCCUCCGCCCUCGCCGGCGAAGCCGAUAAUGUCAGCUCUACUGAAGCGGCAGGGGCCCGCGUCGGCCAAGCCGAGAGAGGGGCCGAUUCCGGAGGAAAAUGGCGGCGGCGGCGGCGAAGCCGGAGAUAGACCGCUUGAUAAGAGUUUUGGGUAUCCGAAGAAUUUCGGGUCCAAAUAUGAACUGGGAAAAGAGGUGGGUCGAGGGCAUUUUGGUCAUACUUGCCUUGCUAAAGGUAAAAAGGGAGAGCUCAAGAAUCAAUCUGUAGCUGUGAAGAUCAUUUCCAAAGCAAAGAUGACUACAGCCAUAUCCAUUGAAGAUGUUCGUAGGGAAGUGAAAAUUUUGAAAGCAUUAUCUGGACAUCAUAAUCUGAUCAAAUUUUAUGAUGCAUUUGAGGAUGCUCAAAAUGUCUACAUUGUGAUGGAAUUGUGUGAAGGAGGGGAACUAUUAGAUAGAAUACUAUCAAGAGGUGGAAGAUACACGGAGGAGGAUGCUAAGAGAGUUAUUGUGCAAAUAUUGAAUGUUGUAGCCUUUUGUCAUCUUCAAGGUGUUGUGCAUCGUGAUCUGAAGCCGGAGAACUUUCUUUUUACCAAAAGAGAAGAAGAUGCUCCCAUGAAGGUUAUUGACUUUGGUCUCUCUGAUUUUAUCAAACCAGAUCAACGUCUCAAUGAUAUUGUUGGCAGUGCAUACUAUGUUGCACCUGAAGUACUUCAUAGAUCAUACAAUGUUGAAGCAGACAUGUGGAGUAUUGGUGUGAUAACCUAUAUCUUAUUAUGUGGAAGCAGACCUUUUUGGGCACGUACCGAGUCGGGAAUCUUCCGUUCUGUACUACGAGCAGAUCCUAAUUUUGAGGAUGCACCUUGGCCAGGUGUAUCUGCAGAAGCCAGAGAUUUUGUGAGACGGCUUUUGAAUAAAGACCAUAGAAAAAGAAUGAGUGCAGCACAAGCACUGACUCAUCCAUGGCUGAGACUCGAAAAUUCUGCUGUGCCUUUGGAUAUAUUAAUCUAUAAAUUGGUCAAGUCAUAUAUCCGAUCCUCACCGUUGAAACGUGCAGCACUGAAGGCUCUUUCAAAAGCUUUGACCGAACAAGAUUUGUUCUACCUCAGGGCUCAAUUCGAGCUUUUGGAACCAAUAGAUGGUUUUAUCUCACUUGAAAACUUCAGAACGGCCCUCAUGAAAAAUAUGACUGAUGCCAUGAGGGAAUCCAGGGUUUUUGAAAUCUUAAGCCUGAUGGAGCCACUAUCCUAUAAACAGAUGGACUUUGAAGAAUUCUGUGCUGCUGCAAUCAGUGUAUAUCACCUCGAAGCUCUUGAAAAUUGGGAACAGAUCGCGAGUGCAGCUUUCGAGAACUUUGACAGAGAAGGAAACCGCGUAAUUUCUGUAGAGGAAUUGGCACAUGAACAGAACUUGGGGCCGACAGCUUACGCUCUUCUCAAGGACUGGAUAAGAGCUGACGGGAAAUUAAACUUCGUGGGGUACACAAAAUUCUUGCACGGCGUGACAAUUCGCAGUGCAAAUGCAAGGUUUCAUAGAUAACAAGACAGAGCAAGAAGGCAUGUAUGGAUGGGAUACAAAGGAGAUGACAGACAAAGGACCUACUGAGUAGUAGUAUAGCUGUAAUUCUUUCUAUGUUCUUUAUUUUUCUUCCAAUAUUAUGUGCAGGAAUGGAUGGAUGAUUUAAAAGUUUUUUUUUUUUUUUUUUUAAUGAAAAAUGUUAGUGAGAGAGAGGUCAAAUGCAUGGUGCAUGCAUGUAUCUUCUUCUGCAUUCGACCCUGCAAAUUCUUUGGAAUGUUGAAAAUCAUCAUUUUGUUCUUGUUUGUUUGUAAUACUUGCUGCAUAUCAACUCUGAAACUUGGACUA